UUGGCAGCAGGACGCCGGCAAACAGGCCCGCUCCGUCCUCGGCCCAGCCCUGGCCCCGCCGCUAUGGUCGCCCUGCCCUCUGCCUGGUGCUCCGUGGCGCUGGCCCUGCUCCUGGCUCUGCACGAAGGCAAGGGCCAGGUGGCCGCUGCCCCGGAGCAUCCAGCACCCUCAGCCCGGGCCCGAGGCUCCCACCUGCGGCCUCGGCGUUGCUCCUGCAGCUCCUGGCUCGACAAGGAGUGCGUCUACUUCUGCCACCUGGACAUCAUCUGGGUGAACACUCCGGGACAGACAGCUCCUUACGGCCUGGGAAACCCGCCAAGACGCCGGCGCCGCUCCCUGCCAAAGCGCUGCGAAUGCUCCAGUGGCGGGGACCCCGCCUGUGCCACCUUCUGCCAUCGACGGCCCUGGGCCGAAGCUGUGGUUGUCCCAGGCAGCAGGUCCCCCGCAGACGUGUUCCAGGCUGGCAAGACGUGGAAAUCCGCAGGAGAGCUCCUCCGGCAGCUGCGGAACAUUUCUGCCGCCAAGAUCCGCUUUCCUAGGCGACCCCAGGAGGCAGGGAGGCAGCUGAGGCCCACACACCCAAGGUGGAGGAAGAGAUAGCGCCGGUUGCCAGGGACCGCUGGCAAGGAACCUGUGUGGAGCCGCGAGCAGAGGAGCAGCCCCGGGCCAGGAACCCUGCCCGCCGGGGUGGCACAAGCUCUGGCCUCCCUGCAGGGCGACCUCAUGCUGCCCAGGAAAACCUUCAGCCCCCAGGCUGCAGAAUGGGCUCCCCGGCCGGCCCCAGCCCCACCGCCCCGCUGGAAGGAACCGCAUGAGGAGUGUGCUCACCUGGAGGCCACAUCCGGAGAGGUUUCCUGUCUGUUGGCUACAAACCAGGAUCGACGAGCAGUGGUGGACACGCAGACCGAAGCCGGCCCUGGGGCCCGGACGGCCCUGGGGUCCCGGGUGGCCCCCGUCUGUCCCCUCCCCAGAGUCCUCCUACCCUCCUGCCCUGGGGACACUCCGGGUGAGAAGGGCCUGCUCUGUCUGUAUAUAACUUAUUUGCUCUAAGAACUUUGAGAAUCCCAGUUAUUUAUUUUAAUGUAUUUUUUUUAGACUCAGUUAUUUACCUGCAAACUUGUGUUUGUAAUAAACAGUGAAAUGGUG